AUGUGGGUAGGACUGCAUUACACGUCGCUGCUGGCAAGGGUCAUCUUUUUGUCACCAAAUAUCUCACCAGCCAAGGAGCCGAGCCAAGAAGCUGAGGUGAAUAAGGUAAAUAAUGGGGGUUGGACUGCAUUACAAAUCGCUGCUGGCAAUGGUCAUUUUGAUGUCACAAAAUACCUCGUCAGCCAACGAGCUGAGGUGAACAAGGGAAAUAAUGACGGUUGGACUGCAUUACACGUUGCUGCUGGGAAGGGUCAUAUUGAUGUCACUAAUUACCUCAUCAGUCAACAAACUGGGUUGAACAGGGGAGAUGAUGACGGUUGGACUGCAUUAGACCCUGCAGCUCAGGAUGGGCAUCUUGAUGUCACCAAACAUCUGAUCCGUCAAGGAGCUAAGGGUCAUCUUGAUGUCACCAAAUACCUUAUUAGUCGAGAAGCUGAUAUGAAUAAGGGAAAUAAUGGCGGCUGGACCGCAUUAAGCAGUUCUGCGUUCCAUGGCCAUUUUGAUGUCACCAAAUAUCUCUGCAGCCAAGGAGCUAAGGUGAAUAAGGGGAAUAAUGACGGUAGGACAGCGUUACAACUUGCUGCUGGGGAGGGUCUUCUUGAUAUCACCACAAUUCUCAUCAGCCAAGGAGCCGAGGUGAAUAGGCGAGAUAAUGGCGGUCGGACUGCAUUACAAGUUGCUGCUCAGACUGGUCAUCUUGAUGUCACCAAACAUCUCAUCACCCAAGGAGCUGAGGUCAAUAAGGGAGAUAACGUAGGAAAAAUUAUUAUAUACGAUGUUAAGAUCAUAGUGGUGAGAGCAAUCAAUGGCAUGAAUGGCCAGCCAUGUAAUGUUUACAGCCUUAUCAGGUAG